UGUCAUUUCCAUUCGUAUUUCGUACUGCAAAAUGUCCUAAAAUUCAUUAUUUUCUUAAAACAUGUCUAAAAUAAUAUAAAUCUCGAUAUAAUUAAAACUUAAACGUAGUGUUGGAGCAGUGUUCGCUCAAAUCUUGCUAAAUAUCUAUCGAUAUAUCAAUAUAAACGAAAAUGCAUGUAUCUCGACAAUUACUAUACAGCUCGGCUCGGUGGAAAUGUACUUUACCUCUCAAUAUAAAACCUACGAUAACAGUUAAAUCUGAACAGUUCAGACUGCCAGAAUGUCGGUACUAUUCCGCUCGAAAAGGAUUUUUCUCCUCCAUCAUCGAAAACAUAAAAGAGGAAAUAGCUAAAAACAAGGAGAUGAAGGAGAACAUCAAGAAAUUCCGGGAAGAGGCUCAAAAAUUGGAAAACUCGGAGGCGUUGCAGGCAGCUCGACAGAAGUUCCACGCCGUAGAGUCAGAGGCAUCAAAGAGCUCCGAAGUUCUGAAAGAAACUUUUGAAGGGAUAAAGGGCAAAGUUGGUCAUGUGCUAGAGGAGGCUAGUAAAACAGAUAUUGCUAAGAAGGCUGGCAAGAUAACAGAAGAUAUAUCCAAAACAGCGAAAGGGGCUGCAGAGAGCAUUGCUGAGUCCGGCCAGAAACUCGGACAAACCUCAGCAUUUAAAACUAUCUCACAAGCUACUGAGGUAGUGAAGAACGAAAUGGCGUCGCGCGGGCUAGAGGGGAGGGUGUACACGUCGCCUGUUGCGUUACGAAAACGCGUCGAGGUGGCGGCGGAAGAGCGGUCGUACGCACCGGACACGGAGACGCUCGGCGUGGAGCUGCACCGCGACUCCAAGUUCUACCAGCAGUGGGAGGACUUCAAGAACAACAACCAGUAUGUUAAUAAGGUUUUGGAUUGGAAAAUAAAGUACGAGGAAUCAGACAACCCACUGGUUAAAGCGUCACGACUUAUGACCGAGAAAGUCAGCAGCCUCUUCGGAAACCUCUUCGAGAAAACGGAAUUGUCGACCACCCUCACCGAAAUCUGCAAAAUCGAUCCCAGUUUUACCGCACAAAAAUUCCUAGAAGACUGCGCCAAUGACAUCAUACCAAAUAUCUUAGAAGCGAUGGUCCGAGGAGACUUAGAAAUCCUCAAAGAUUGGUGCUACGAAGGUGUAUACAAUAUACUGGCUACACCGAUCAACCAGUGCAAGCAACUCGGCUACAGACUGGACUCCAAGAUCCUAGAUAUAGAGAAUAUAGAACUGGUAAUGGGCAAAAUGAUGGAUCAGGGUCCCGUGCUGGUGUUAACUUUCCAAUCUCAACAGAUCAUGUGUGUUAGAGACGGAAAGAACAAUGUGAUAGAAGGAGACCCCAAUAAGGUGAUGAGGGUUAACUACGUGUGGGUCCUGUGUCGGGAUCCCCAGGAGAUGAACCCCAAGGCCGCUUGGAGACUCCUAGAGCUGUCCGCCAACAGUGUGGAGCAGUUGAUAUAGUUGUAGAUAAUAAAAUCGUUGUACUGUUA